AUGGGACGACGGCCCAAGACUUUACAAUCAGUACCUCCUAUUAAGAUAAUCCUAUUUAUAACUACUGUUUUGACCAUUAACGCACAACAAUACUCACGAGAAUAUUCCACUUCUUCACAUUCGCUUAUUUCACAAGAUAGUUCACAAAUACCACGUGGUCAAAGCUAUACGGAACCUAUUGUCCAUCGACCAGCACUAUUUCGUAGACUAUUUCCACUUCAUCUUGCUCCUGUGUAUGAAAAUGUCGUAGAAGAUAAUAUGCCCACUUACUUUGCACCAACAGUACAAGAAGUUCUUCCCUCUGUAUAUAAUGUAGCUCCUAACAUCCAUUACGCCUAUAUUGAAACUCCUGUGACUUCUCCCGAAUAUGAAUUCAAAUACCGUUUAGAAGAUCGCUACAUCGGUAAUGUUGAGUACAAGCAGGAGAAAGAAGUCGGUGAUUACGGUACAGGACACUACAGUUCGCACAAGCCUGUACUCGUCUUAGCUACUUCGUUGGUAGUAGCCAACGCACAAUAUCACGGACAAAGUCACGGCCACGCCGUUUCUUCUCAAUCGAUCAUCCGACAUGACAUCUCCCAAGAUCAACACAACUACCACCAAGUCCAAGCCGCUCCUCUAGUUCAUCACGCAGCUCCAGUAGUUCACCAUGUCGCCCCCGUAGUUCAUCACGUUGCUCCCGUAGUUCAUCACGCUGUUCCCGUCAUCCACCAAGCUGCUCCCAUCUACCACGGUGAACAUCGCGAUUCCCACGAUUACCACGCUCACCCCAAAUACGAGUUCCAGUACCAGGUACAAGAUCACCACACCGGCGAUAUCAAGUCUCAACAUGAAGCUCGUGAUGGUGACCACGUUACUGGAUCAUAUAGUCUUCAUCAACCUGAUGGUGUCCUCCGUACUGUACAUUACAACGCUGAUGAUCACAGUGGGUUCAACGCUCAAGUAGAAUACUCCGGUCACUCGCAACAUGCUCAGCCAGCUCAUCAUGCUCAGCCAGCUCAUCAUGCUCUUCAAUACCAUCAUUAAAUUUGACACAGAUAAUA